UGUCGCGGCGGCGUACAUACGUGCGCGCACACACACCGCACUUCCGAUCGCAAAGUUCAAACGCGCGCGAACGAACGAACGAAGGAAGGAAGGAAGGAAGGAAGGAAGGAAGGAAGGAAGAAAGAAAGAAAGAAAGAAAGAAAGAAAGAAAGAAAGAAAGAAGGAGAAAAAUACGAUAGAUACAUUUGUUUUCCUUUUCUUUUCUUAUUACCAUUCGAACGAAUUCAAUUACAAGUUUUUCUACAAGUUUAUUACAAUUCGUUUUUUUUUUUUUACUUUCCCGUUUCAUUCGUUUCUUUAUUUAUUUAUUUUAUUUUAUUUUAUUUUAUUUUUUUUUUUUUGUUCUUCUUAAAAAUAGUUUCGGUGAAAUAGUUUUCUAUCUUAUAUUAUUAUCGUAAUCAUCAUUAUCAUAUCAUUAUUAUUAUUAUUAUUAUUAUUAUUAUUAGAGUUAUUAAAAUUUGUUUCUCUCUUUUCUCUCUCUCUCUCUCUCUCUUUCUCUCCCUCUCUCUAAUUUUCUUUACGAAAGAUAUGUGACACGUGUUUUGAUGUGUAAUCAGACGAGAAUACGUUGAUGUUGCUGCUGCAGUUGCUGUUGCUCUGGCUCUUUUGAAACGUGCUCGUGCGCGGGAAAAUCGUUACGGACGCCAACGUUCUCCAUCUUCUUCCGCAUUCUCUUUCCUUUCGAACGAUCGUGAAACGAAUAGGAAGAACAGAAGAGAGAAAGGGAGAGAGAGAGAGAAGGAGAAGAAGAGAGAGAGAGAGAGUGAGAGAAGAAGAAGAAGAAGAAGAAGAAGAAGAAGAAGAAGAGAGAAAGAGGGAGAAAGAGAGAAAUUGCAGAAGAGAGCAAUUUUCUUAAGCUCUGUUACGAUGGCAUGAGCCAAAGAAAAGUAACUUCUUCAUGGAUCGUUCACGAAAAUCGAGAAAUGUCACGUCAUCAUCGUGGACCUCCGUCGAAGUCGCAAGACAAACAAGACGACGAUUCGCGUGGCGAUUCAGGAUGACCGUAAUCGAUUUUCGAUCGAUACUGAUUUUCAUCGCACUCAUGCUCGUCAACGUAUCAUCUUCAUAUAUACCAGAAAAGUAUCCGAUCGAAGUUUAUCAUAUGCUACAGGAGAGAACUCAAUUUGGAAUUGGUCGGGAGAAUCGUGUGAGAGGUACUUGGGGUACCUGGAGCAGCUGGAGCGAAUGUUCAAGAACCUGUGGCACGGGUAUCCAAUCUCAAUCACGAGAAUGCGUUCCUCUUCGAAAAGAUUUAAGAAAACGAAGCGUUAUCACGGACAAUGGCAUGACACAAAACAAAAGGCCCAUUUGUAUCGGCACAUACAAGAGAUAUCAUACGUGCAACACACAGGAAUGUCCGAACUUUGCCGAGGACUUACGAGCGGAACAGUGCGCUAGAUACAAUGGAAGAAAUUACAAGGGACACAUCUACACUUGGAUUCCAUUUUUGGAUGCGCCGAACUCGUGCGCGCUCAAUUGCCGUGCAGUCGGGCAGCGUUUUUACGCAACGCUUGAACCGGCAGUAAUGGACGGCACACCCUGCGACGGUCCAAAUCUUCGUGGACAUAAUGCCGGAAUUUCAAUGGAACGUACGGAACGUUGGCUCUGUGUCGCUGGACAAUGCAAGUCCGUAGGUUGCGACGGUGUGAUUGGUUCAGGGGCAACGAUGGAUGCUUGUGGUGUUUGUGGAGGGCGAGGACAAGGUUGCAGACUAUUCGAAGGUAUCUUCAUGGAACCAAUCCUACCAAAGGGUCAUCAUUCGAUAACGACGAUCCCAAAAGGUGCUAUGUCUCUGAACAUCUCCGAGUUACGUUUCAGCGCAAAUUUCUUAGCACUCAGGGACAGCAAUGGCAGUUACGUUCUAAACGGGCCCUGGUCUUACAGUCCCAGUGGCACUUAUAAAGCGGCUGGCACGACAUUAACAUACCAAAGGGGAGAUAGAAACCGCUUGGAGUGCAUCUUGGCGACUGGACCGUUAAACGAUUCUCUGCAGUUAGAAAUCUUAUUUCAAGAAUUAAAUCCCGGCGUUCUCUACAAAUACAUGUUACCACUGAAAGAAACAUUAAACGGAGUAGGAGGAGGAGGAGGAGGAGGAGGAGGAGGAAGAGCAAGAGGAAGAGGUGGAAGAGUAGAUGGAAGAGGAGGUGGAGGAGAAGGAAGAGGAGGAAGAGGAGGAGAAGGAGGAGGAGGAGGUGGAGGAGAAGGAAGAGGAGGAAGAGGAGGAGAAGGAAGAGGAGGAGGAGGAGGAAAUUUAUUACCUCCAAUUUUCAAUGCAAUAUCAAGCAAUGAUCAAAGAGGCAAUGAAAUUCCCGAUGGUGGUUCUCAUGGAAUCGUUAAUACUCCCCCGACGAGAACAUCCAUUCAUAGAACUGAUUUUUCUCAGUCGCGAGGAUUUAUUAAUUACGAUCGUACAAGACACGCGUCACGAACGGAAGAAAUGAAACGUCCACCGACAAUAGUAAUGGCCGGUGAUCAGCCUAAUUCAAAAACAAAAAAGAAAAAGCGCAAGAAGUUUGUCUGGAAAGUAGCUACGGCUUGCUCGAAAGAGUGCGGGGGAGGCAUCCAAACGUCAAUUUGGACGUGUGUGCGUGAGGAUAGCGAAACAAUAGCACACGAAAAACGUUGUCGUAAUUCGGAAAAACCUGUUGCUUCAAAAGUGACGCGAUGUAACGAACAGCCCUGUCCAGCCAGAUGGAGAGCAGAUAAUUGGAGCGAAUGUUCAGUCAGCUGUGGCGUUGGCAGACGAACGAGAAAACUCGAAUGUGUGCAAGAAUUAAAUUCGAGAUUGACGAUGCGUGUUGCGUUAGGUGCUUGCGUUCAACCACCCGAUUUAAAGACCGUAGAACUUUGUUCGAAGCCAGCCUGUCCGAUUACGAAUACACCUGAACUGAGAAAUAUGGAACCAUUGUCAGUAUCAAUACCUUCAUCAUCGACGGCUGAAACUUAUUCACAAUCUACGCAGAAAUGGAAUGUUGGAACUUGGAGUCCAUGUUCAACUAGUUGCGGAAAAGGAUUUAAAACUCGAACGGUCACCUGCAUAACAUCCGGUGAAGCAUGUCCAUUGUCAAGCAAGCCUUCAUCUCAAGAAGAGUGUGACAACCCAUCGUGUUUAGUCAAUAAUAAAAAUGAAAGAAGCUCUGAACAACGUGCUCCAUGGUUAUAUUCUGCUUGGUCACCUACGUGUUCUACGGAAUGCGGUAAAGGAAUCGAAAGUAGACGUGUGGCUUGUUCCGAGGGAAGUGAAUUAUUUUGUGAUCCUAAGGAGAAACCGGAAACUGAGAGGCAAUGUUUCGGAAGUGGAAUAAAUUGCGACGAUGCUAAAUGGUUCACCGGUCCAUGGACUUCCUGUUCCGUAUCUUGCGGAAUUGGUGUACAGUAUCGAAACGUAAUAUGCAUCUCAAAGACAAUGAAAAAAGAUAAUGGAGAAUAUACUGUAUUGGCAAUGAAAAACUGUAAUGGCACGAAGCCAAGAAGCGAACAGGCUUGCGAGGCACCGCCUUGUUCUGCGGAAUGGUAUAUUUCCGAUUGGUCCCAGUGUUCAGUUACAUGCGGCAGUGGCGUGCAAAAAAGAUUAGUCCGUUGUAUCCUCGAAGGUAUUAAUAGCUCAAAUUGCAAGGAGUUUAUCAAACCGAACGAAAUGCAACGAUGCAACAUGGAACCAUGUAAAAAGGAUAUCACGUUACUAAAUAAACCACCAAAAAGUAAAAGUUUUAGAAUCAUCCGAAUGCGUCGACAAGUAUCCAGAUUGCGAUUUGGUGGUCAAAAGUGGACUAUGUCACAGGAAAUAUUACAAACACUCUUGUUGCCGAUGUCGAGACUAGUCUCGCACUAAUUAAUGAUAAUUGAAAAA